AUGGGCUUCUUCAAGCAUCUGGCAACUGUAAUCGGCGUGCUAUGGCAGAUCGCCACUUUCAUUUUCGGCGUUGGGGAAGAGUUCAAGAACCUGCGACAUAUGUUGCUCCGGCUUCCUGCAGGUGGUGUCAACGACACACAUAGUACUCUCGUCAUCAACGAACCCGCUUGGGCGGUUUUCACUUCGACGACACAGAGCCACCUUGUGAUCUGUGUGAUGAUUGCUGGUAUAUUACUAUCUUGCACAAUUGUGGCGGUCUCGGGCAAUCUCAUCAAGGCUUCGAUGUUGAUACAGACUUUGGCCUUCUUCAUGGCUUCAUCUGCCAUUAGCACUCUUAUAGGCGGUUUCGUUUUCUUCUGCUCGUUUGGUCUCAUCGGCCAGGGUGGGCUCGAGACAUGGGGUUGCGCCGUACGAUGGCUGGAUGCGUAUAAUGCUUCUUGUUGGCGUCGAUUCUGGGUGGAACGCGCUUAUGCAUUUGUUAAAGAGCAGACCAUCCUAUCACUGGCAUUUCUGAUUCCCCUUGCGGUCAAAGGCCUGCUUCAAAUUACCAGCAAAUCCCAUGGCGCUACCUGCCUGGAUCAAGGUUGCAGAUUGGCCAUCUUCAUUGUGGGGGCAGUUUGGUCUGGCUUCAAUCUUAUUCGCAUAUGCCUUAUCUGGAUCACAUUCUGUGCCUGGUUUCGUAAUGUCCCCACUAGAACUGCUAUAUCAGCUGCUACAACUACUCAUGACAACAAUCGCAACGUUGGCAAUCCACUUCCUCCUCCUGGUGGUCCACCUCCUCGCAAUCUACCUCCCGGCGGUCCACCUCGCAACACUCGACCUCGCAGCGGUUCACCUCCUGGCAAUCUACCUCCCGGUGGUCUAUCUGGCAAUCCAGAACUAGGCGGUCCACCUCGAUCUCGCAGCACUCGACCUCCUGACGGACCACCUCGCAGCACUCGACCUCACAGCAGUACACCUAGCAAUCUACCUCCCGGCGGUCCACCUCAAUCUCGCAGCACUCGACGUAGCAGCAGUCGACCUCCUAGCAAUCUACCUCCCGGCGGUCCACCUCAAUCUCGCAGCACUCGACCUUGCAGCAGUCGACCUCCUGGCAAUCUACCUCCUGGCGGUCUAUCUGGCAAUCCACAACUAGGCGGUCCAGCUCAAUCUCGCAGCAAUCUACCUCCUGGCGGUCCACCUCGAUCUCGCAGCACUCGACCUCCUGACAGCCCACCUCGCAGCACUCGACCUCCUGGCAGUCCACCUCGCAGCACUCGAAAUCGCAGCAGUCCACCUUCUAGCAAUCCACGACUAGGCGGUCCAGCUCAAUCUCGCAGCAAUCUACCUCCUGGCGGUCCACCUCGAUCUCGCAGCACUCGACCUCCUGACGGUCUACCUCGCAGCACUCGACCUCGCAGCACUCGACCUCGCAGCGGUCCACCUCCUGAAUCUUUGUGGUUGGGAUGA